UUGUGUAACGUAACGCAGAUUAUAUAAUGUGCAUGGUCGAUUAAUUUUAUUGAUAUAGAAAUAUUUGAAGCAUGCAUUGGGCUUGUUAUUGGGCCAACAUUAACUACUUUUUAAAUAAUUAUAAAUAAAGAUCGAAAGACACGAGUGACACAUCUCCAAAUAUGCCGUAAAUAACAAAAUGUGUGGAGUAAAUUAUAUGUCUGACCUUUUACUUUUCGCUAUAACACGAAACAAUAAUUUCUGAAUCAAUUUUAUUUUAUUUGAGGAUCGGAGAGUUCUGGUAAGCUUAUUCCUGCUUUCCAAUAAAAAAAAGAACAAUCCAACAUAAAGUCCAAUCUAUUUAUCCUAUAUUGAUUGUUGUUUACAAAUCUUCAUCCUCUAAAUCUCUAGCUCCCUCUUCCAGAAUUUCUCUCCCGCUCAUGGCUCAGGUUUUGUACCCAUCUCUACUAGUAGUAACUAAGAUGCAAUCAUGCGAAAAUCUUAAUAUCAUAAGGAGUACUAGUAUUCAUUUUGAUCUUGCUUUUUUGUGGAUUUUUGAAUUGUGUAAAUAUCAGAAGGUGGUGGUGAGGUUGCUAACCACGACCGACGAAAAGACGAAGCAGAAGGCCAUCGAAGCAGCCGCUGAUAUUCUGGAGAAAUGUGCAGGUGUGGAUUCCAUCUCAGCUGAUGUGAAGGAGCAGAAGGUGACGGUGGUGGGAGAUAUGGAUGCAGUGGCCGUUGUCAAGAGACUCAAGAAAGUUGGUAAGCUAGAUAUUGUGUCGGUUGGGCCAGCAACAGAAGAGGAGGUGGAAGAAAAGGUUCAAGCCAACAAGAUGGCCUUGGUAACUACAGCUGAACUUUGUGAUGCAAACCCACAGUAUAUUAUGAAUGGGGAGCUGCGGGCGCUGCUCCCAAAGUUCAAGAUAUACGGGCAGCGUCAAGUGUUCUAUGGGCAGGUUGUUACUCUCAGAGUGUUUGAAGACAACGUGUUGGUACGCGAGUUUCUUGAGGAGAAGGGGGACGACAGGGUUCUGGUUGUUGAUGGGGGUGGCAGCUUGAGGUGCGCGAUAUUGGGGGGGAACCCGGUGGUUCAAGCACAGAACAACGGGUGGGCAGGUAUCAUUGUGAAUGGAUGCAUAAGGGAUGUGGAUGAGAUCAAUGGGUGUGACAUUGGUGUGAGAGCUCUGAGCUCGCACCCCAUGAAGGCUAGCAAGAAGGGACUCGGAGAGAAGCACCUUCCAGUGCAUUUUGGUGGGACUAGGAUAUGUGAUGGGGAGUGGCUUUAUGCAGAUACUGAUGGCAUUCUUGUUUCCAAGUCUGAGUUGUCUGUCUAAUCAUAUUCUUAUCAUCUUCCUUAUUUUCUAGGUUCACUUCUGUUUCUGGUUAGUUGUCUUUGAUAAUCACUCAUAGGUUUGAAUUGUUGUCUGCCUAAUCAUAUUCUUACCAUCCUUCUUGCUUAAUUAGCUUUCUAAGUUCACUUCUGUUUCUUGUUAAUUGACUGAGAUAAUCACUCAUAGGUUUGUAUUUGUAGCAUUCUCUGCAUCUGGUUUUUUAUGUGAUGGCUCUUCUGCUGCUGCAGCUUGUGCAGUUCUUUAUGUACAUGAUAUUGAUACCCAAAUAGUAUUGUUUUUCAAAUUUUACUU